UCCGGCACGAGCGGGUGUUUACAUGACGGGAAGAAUUGUCCAAAGCGUCUUCAGAGCGUCGUUUCCGUCCCGGUAGCUCCUCUUUAAACCGACUCGUUCGUCCGGGAGCCAUGGUCCUCUAACCGGAGACAUGCUGGAGGACGGCGAGCCGCGGGGACGCGGCUCCAUAGAGGUGGCCGUGGUCCCGGAGGACCGGCUCCGCGGGGAGGUGGGGGACAUCCAGAAGGCUGAGCUCGCUCCCGGGGGCGCCCUGCUGGCGUGCCUGGAGGUCGGAGGGCGGGUGGUGGUCCAGGGCGUGGCGGACAGAGAGGCUCCUCCGGCUGCAGCGGCCGGUCCCUACACCGACUUCUCUUGGGAGGAGUCGCCCCCCCCGGCCCCCCCGGCCCCCCCGGGCCCCCCGGCCGGCCCCCGGCUGCUGGCUGUGGGCUCUGGCUGGGACCUGGAGCUGCUGGAGGCGGAGGCGGAGCCGGGCGUCUCGCUCUCGCUGCGGUGUGUGUGUGAGCUUCCUGCAGAGCGCCUGCUGCACACCUGCAGGGAGGAGGAUCCCGGUGUGUGUGAGCUGCAGUCGCUGCGUCUGUUGGGCUUCGCCGCCGGACGCUGCCUCCUCCUGCUGAACGGCGAGCAGCUGCUGCAGCUGCAGUGGCGCCGGGCGGACGAUGAGGAGGAGGGGGAGGGGGAGGGGUUCCAGGUGGCGUCCUCAUGCAGAGUGCAGAUGGCGGACGGCGACACCGCCGUGCACCACUGCGUCAGCGGAGACACGCUGUUCGUCCUGCGGCCGUCGGGACUGGUCUCCGUUCACGACCUCGGCGCCGGCCGCCUGCUGGCCAGCCUGGACCUCCCGUCCUACUUCAGCCCCGGCCCGGCGGAGGACGAGCUGACGUCCUCCCCGUCCUCGUCCUGCCCCGCUCCGUCCUCGGCGCCGUUCUGCCUGCUGCAGGUGUCGGAGGACCUGAGCACCGCCGUGGCCGUGACCCGGGCCCACACGGCGGUGGCCGUGGACCUGGACCACUACUUCAGGACCUUCCCAGCCCACCUGCUGUGCGCCGCCCCCCAGUCCCGCUCUCCGGUCGGGCCCCCCCAGCCGGGGGACCAGGACAGCCUGUCCAGCUCCAGAGCGAGCCUGGCCGGGCUCGGAGCCAGCUUCAGCGCCGACCGGUCGUGGGAGGCUCGUCUGGCCUCCAUGUACGCCGCCGCCCAGGGUCCGCCCCCCGCCUCCCGUGAGUCCCGGCCUCCCUGGUGGUCCUGGCUCCCCCACCUGGAGCUCCGCCCGGCCCCGCCUCCCGCCCGCAGCGGAGCGCCCCCCGGCGGCGCCGCCGUGGCCUUCUCCGCCCCCGAGGCGGCCGCCCCGUCCCAGCUCACCGUCUCCCCGUUCUCCGCCCUCCUGACCUUCGUCGCCCCGGGCAACAGGCGGACCACCGUGGCGCUGUGGGAGGCGGAGUCUCAGAGCGUGAGCUACCACCGGGCGGAGGGCGAGGCGGCGCCGGUGCAGCGCUGCGGCGAGCGGCAGCACCGGCUGCUGCUGAGGAAAACCGGCGUGUUCCAGGUCCUGUUCGGCGUGUCUCAGCAGGAUCUGCUCAGCAGGCUCAUGUUGUUCGGCAGCGCCGCCACGGUGGACGCAGUGUGUCACCUGAACAGCUGGGGGCGCUGCUCCAUCCCCAUCCACGCCCUGCAGGGAGGACUGAAGAACCGGCAGCUGGACACGGUGGACUUCUACCUGAAGAGCAAAGAGGACGUCCUCAGCGUUCCCCCGGGAGAACCGGCCGCCGCCGCCGGAGCGCCGAGCCUCACCAGCGUUGUGCAGGAGCUGUGUCCCGCCCUGGACCUGCUCUGCGGCGCCGUCAGAGACUCCCACAGCGAGGCUCAGAGCCGGCAGUUCUCUGAGCAGCUGCUGAGCGUCACGCUGAGCUUCCUCUACAUGCAGAUCCGCACCGUGCUGUCCAGCUGCCACCACGAGGACGAGGACGUGCGGAGCUGCCUCGCCAUCCUGGACCGCUACGUCACGCAGCUGAGGAGCUUCAUGAAGCGCUUCCCGUGGCCUGCAGGGGGCGACGCGUCCAGCGGCGGGACUCGUCCUCAGCAGGAGGCUGAGCCGGACGAGUGGGACGGGCUCCCGGUGGAGGACCUGGUCCGCCGGUCCGUCCUGACCUGCCAGAUCCCCAGGGCCCAGGCGGCGCUGCGGAGGCGGGGCCGGCCCGAGCGGCGCCUGGCGGCUCUGAGGGCCGAGGGCCUGCGGCAGGCCUACUGCUGCCUGCGGCGCCGAGACCUGCGGACCGCCAACGCACUCCUCAGCAACAUGGGCUUCAGUGUGAAGCAGCAGCUCCACAGCGUCUGCCUCUACACAGACCUCAGCGAUCUCAGGGAGCUGCUGGUGGAGGAGCUGUCCCGUCAGCACCACCUGCCCCCGGAGGAGCUGCAGAGUGUGGAGUUCAUCAGGGAGCUGGAGCGGCUGGGCUCUCUGCCGGCGCCGCCGUGCCGGGCCGACGCCUCCUCCCAGAGGGUUCCUCGGAUGCGCGGCGUGGCGGGACGCGGCGGCGGGGAGCCUCUGGAGCCGAAGGUGGGGCGGAGCAGCCCGGAGGAGGAGGGGGCGGGGCUCUGGACCAACCUCCGUCUGGACUGGGUGAAGAACUGGGACCAGAGCUGCCGGACCGCCGUCUCCCUGUCCAGACGUCAGCUGACAGAGCUGCCCUCCUGCGACGCCGCCGUCCUGUGGCGCUAUCUCACCUCCCUGCACGACGGGCGGCGGGUGGCGGCCUGGAUCCGGGACACGGAGACCCCCGGCGGCGCCGAGUGGCCGCCGCUCGGCGCCGAGCUGCUGGACGGGAACACGGUCUGCAGCGUCUCCAUGACGGAGAGCAUCCUGGACGCUCUGGCCAGGAGAGGCGUGUUCGCCCCGGCCGAGCUGGCGGACCUGGAGCGGCUGCUGUGGAGGCUGGCUCAGGCCGGGGGCCUCAUGGCUCCGGCCCCCCCCGUCCCCCGGUACCGCUCCGCCCUGGGCCUGGACCUCCACGGCGCCGUGGUCUCCUUCUGCCUGCAGCGCGGCCUGAACUUCCUGCUCUACUCCUACCUGGAGCACUACAGGCUGACGCCCAGAAACUGCCCCCUGCUGAGCAGCCGGAGCCUGUCUGAGUCGGAGCCCUGGUUGGACAUGCUGGUGAAGAUCCAGGAGAUCACCAGAGACCUGUCCGACCCCGGCCUGGUCUUCCAGGCCAGUCUGACCAGCGCCCAGGUGCUGCUCCCCGGCAGCCAGGCGUCCCUGAGCAGCCUGCUGCUGGAGGGCCACAGCCUGCUGGCCCUGGCCGCCAUCAUGUUCGCCCCCGGAGGCAUCGACCAGGUGGUGGCGCCGGCGGAGCGGCCGGGCAGGCCGGACGGAGCGCCGGACCCCCAGCUGCUGAAGAUGGCUCUGGCGCCACACCCCAAACUGAAGGCCGCCCUGUUCCCCCCCUCGGGGCCGCGAGGAACCGGCCCCCCCUCCGACGUCUCCGUCUACCACCUGCUGCAGGCGCUCCAGCCUCUGGACCCGUCCAGGCUGUUCGGCUGGCAGGCCGCCAACACACUCAGCUACACCGACGCCUCGGAGCUGCCGCACUUCUCCAGCCCCCACCUGGUCAGCAGCUUCGCCCUGGUGGAGAACCUGGACUUCCUGUUCUACCUCCGUCACGGACGGCCGUCCUUCGCCUACGCCACCUUCCUGGUGCAGCAGCUGGGCGGCGGCGGCGACGUCAAGCUGCAGCUGCAGCGGGCCCUCCAGCAGGUGUACAGGCUGACCCUGCAGUGCUUCAACCUGCCGCCCGUCACGGCGGCGGCGGUCUGCUUCUGCGAGCUGCUGGGAGUCUGCAGCCUGAAGCUGAGGGUGGACGUCCGGGCCAUGAACGCCGUGCUGCAGCACUGGAGCCAGCAGGACACACACUCCGCUCCGGCAGGACACCUGCACACGCUGGUGUCUAAAGCUGUGAAGCUGGUGGAGGCGGAGCUGGAAGCUGCGGAGGAGCUGAUUGGCUACCUGGAAGCGGCAGUGACCCACAGUCUGGAGCAGAGGGGCGUCGGCAGGUCCUCGUACGAGGCGGCUCAGGACUGGGUGCUGCCGGUCCAGUUCUGCCGGCUCCACGGCCGGAGGCUGAGCUGCGUCUACCCGGCCCGCUGCGCCGAGGACGCACAGUUCGUCCACUUCCUGCUGUUCGUCCAGCUGCACAACUUCCCCCCCCAGCAGGUGAGGGCGCUGCUGGCCCGGUUCGACCCCACCCUGCAGGCCCACCUGAGCCUGGCCUUCCAGGACCUGCAGCUGUACAGGAGCAGCCUGGACCCCGAGGAGCAGCGGAGGCCCGGCACGAAGAGGAGCGCCGCCGCCGCCGCCGCCGCCGCCAGACCCCAGCACCCCGGGGAGGUGUUCCAGGUCCUGCUGGAGAGCCAGGACGAGCCUGUACCCUGCAGGUUCCUCCUGCAGGAGGCUCUGCUGCAGCGCUGCCCCCUGCUGGCCGUGCUGGCUGUCUGCCUGCAGGAGGCGGAGGCACUGCAGUGCCUGUGUGUGUGGCUGCUGUCCUCCCUCGACGGCGACACGGCGGCCGAGGCCACGGCCCACCUGCCCCAGGCCCCCCAGCACCACCAGUGGACCCUGCACGACCUGUCCCUGAUCUGGAGGACCCUGCUGGUCCGGGGCCGGGUCCGGGUCCUGCUGCGGGGCUUCCAGCUCUUCCAGAAGGACUGCCCCCUGGUGUUGGUGCUCAGGAUGUUCGAGCUGUGCUGCGACUACAGGAACUUCUCCCAGGCCAAAUCCAAGCUCCUGGACUUCCAGAGGACCCUCAUCACCCUGCGAGGCGGGGGCGUGGCCUCGGAGGGCGGGCUGCCCCUGCAGUGGGUGGAGAGCCAGGCGUCGGUGCUGCUGCUCACCAUGCUGCAGCGCUGCAGCUCCCAGUACGACCUGCACCGCCUGCUGCAGCUGCUGGCCGCCGUCGACAGGCUGCUCAAGUCCAACGGUCCAGACUUCAGGAAGCUGAGCCAGCUCAGUCAGCUGCUGCAGGGGUCAGAGGUCAGCCUGUCUCCCAGGCUCCUGCAGUGCGGUUCGGCCUCCGUCCAGCAGGAGGAGUUCCAGGCCGCCGUGGACACGCUGCAGGCCAGAGGGCUGUACGCCAAGGCCAGGCAGGUGGCGCUGCUGGGGGGGCUGCCCACCCAGAGCCUGCUGCUCAGCCAGCUUCAUCAGGAAGUGAGCUCCCAGAAGUCCCGGCGGCAGUGGGGCAGGCUGGAGAGCCGGGUCACCUUCUGGAGGAAAUGCCACAACCAGCUGAAGGCCGACGGCGCCGAUCCCACGUCGGCCUCCCACUUCUUCCUGUCCCAGGCCGAGCCGGACCCGGACCCGGACCCGGACCCGGAGCCCCAGGCGCAGCUGCUGGCCCUGCAGGAGCGCAGCCUGCUGCUCUGCCUCGCCGCUCACUGGCUGUCCCUGCUCAGCCCGGCCCCCCUGGCCCGGCUGGAGAGCCUGGAGAAGGAGCUGUGGCUGGACCGGGUCCGUGGACAGGCCCUGAAGGCCGCCAUGGAGCAGCAGAGCGUGUUCAGCCUGCCUCCUGACGCCAGCGCCUACCACGGCCUCAUGAGGGAGUUCUCCUUCUCCAGCAUCUCCGAGCUGAACCGAGACCAGUGCCUCAGUCUGGAGGGGCUGCCAGGUCCACAGGCCGGUCCAGAGCCCGGUCCAGAGCCCGGUCCAGAGCCCGGUCCAGAGCCCGGUCCAGAGCCCGGUCCAGAGCCCGGUCCAGAGCCCGGCCUCAGUCCGGAGCACAGCAGCAUCCUGACCGCUCUGGUCGGUCGCCUGCUGGACGAGGGGAGCAUCCACGAGGCCGGGCGCGUCUGCCGCUACUUCUCCCUGCACCACCCGGACCUGUGGGUGGCGCUGUGCUGCCGGGGCCUGGCGUCCGGAGAGCUGGACCCCGACGCUCAGGAGGAGGCCGCGGAGGGUCCGGCCGGGCGGAGCAUCCCCACCUCUCACUCCUACAGCAGCCUGGCUUCCUUCGCCAUGGCGCCCGAGGACGACGUGGCCGUGCAGCUCCAGAGGCUCCUGGACCAGUGUCGCCACGGCAACAACUACUGCAAGCAGGUCCUGGGCCUCUACCAGCUGUCCAAGGAGCUGCAGGUCUCCUUCAGGCAGAUCUGCGGCGAGGAGCCGCGCUCGGUGCUGGAGAGGCUGCUGCAGUCGGAGCAGCCGGACCGCUUCCGCCGGGCGCAGGCCUUCAUCAAGGCUCAGGGUCUGAGCGCCGACGCCGUGGCCCAGCUGGUGUCCUCCGCCGUGGUCCAGGGUCUGCUGGGCUCGGCCCAGGAGCUGCAGGCCGGAGAGAAGCAGGUGUUCAGGCCGUCGGAGGGGCGGGACUCCCUGAUGCAGCUGAUCAAACUGUGUGAAGACCCCAACCUGGUGGGAGUCAAGCUGCUGGAGAACCUCAGCACCGUUCCCCUGAGAGACCUGAGCUGCAUCGUGGAGCUGCUGAUCGUGGCUCACGACUGCUUCAGCCUGACCUGCAACAUGGAGGGCAUCGUCAGAGUGCUGCAGGCCGCCCGGCACCUGAGCCACACCUACCUGUCUCCAGGAGAACACCACAGCCUGCUGGUGCGCCUGCUGACAGGUAUUGGCAGAUACAACGAGAUGACGUACGUCUUCGACCUGCUGCAUCAGAACCACUGCUUCGAGAUGCUGCUGAGGAAGAAGGUGGAGUCAGAGAGAGGACAGAGCUCCAGCCUGAAGACGGCUCUGCUGGACUACAUCAAGCGCUGCCUGCCUGCAGACAGCGAGAAGCACAACAUGGUGGCGCUGUGCUUCAGCAUGCGGAGGGAGAUCGGCGAGAACCACGAGAUCGCCGCCAGGACGCAGCUGAAGAUCAUCGAGUCUCAGGCCUGGGUGGUCACUCCGGAACUGAAGAGUUCGCUGAUGAAAGUGUUGAAUCUGCUCAAAGACGCUGCCGAAAGCUUCUCCAAGGACUCGUGCGUCCGUCAGGCCAGCCGCUGCGUGCGCACGGCCAAGCUGGUCACCCUGCAGCUGCACUUCCUGAACCAGGGCUCGGAGCUGCGCGUGGUCAACCUGCGAGCGGCCGAGCUGCUGGGCUGCGUGCUGGCUCUGCCCCGCUGCUACCAGGUGUUUGUGGUGUCUGAAGCUUACGGCUACACCCCGGACUGGGCGGAGAUCUUGUACCAGAAGGUGGUCCUGAACGGAGACUUCUCCUACCUGGAGGAGUUCAGACGCCACCGCCCCCUCAGCCCGGCUCUGUUCGAGGACAUCUUCAAAAAGUUGGACGGCGCCCCCAGCAGCGUCACUGCCAACGUGAAGCGCCUGCUGUCGCACUGCGACGACGUGUACAGCCACUACCGGCUGGCCUACCAGCACAACCUGUUCGACGUCACCAAGGCCCUGCUGCAGGACCCCAAGACCUCCAGCUACCUGAACGACCGGCUGGCCAGCUGAGCACGUCACGGACGCAACAUUUAGCCAGCCAGCUAGCCAGCUAGCUAGCUACGUUACUCAGAGGCCCAGUACACACUGACUGAAGUACUGUUGACGCACAGUAAAUGUAUUUGUAUCAUGAAGAGGUACUAGAUUAGAAGUUCUCACUGUGUUUAAAAACAUAAAAUGUUGGUCUUUUAUUGUGAAAGUCACGGGGAGACGAGCGAGCGCGGCAGUGGUUUACUGGCAAUAAUCAAGUGUGAGCUUUGGAAACUUAUUCAACUGUAAAAAUAAAAAUAUUUUCU